UGGACGUUGUCGCGCCUCAAGGCGGCCCAGCUGGUGCUGGCGGGGGGUAUGGCCAGCCACGGCGUCUUCCUUGUGCGCCAGAGCGAGACACGCCGCGGGGAGUACGUCCUCACCUUCAACUUCCAGGGCAAGGCCAAGCACCUGCGUCUAUCUCUGAACGAGGACGGCCAGUGCCGGGUGCAGCACCUGUGGUUCCAGUCCAUAUUCGACAUGCUGGAGCACUUCCGGGUUCACCCAAUCCCCCUGGAGUCUGGGGGUGCCUCGGACGUCACCCUCAUCAGCUUUGUGGGAGCCACCGCCGUCCGGCAGCCAGGCCGGGACAGGGCAAGCAGCCGGCCCACAGUCUGUGAUGUCAUCCCCACGCGCCACCUUGACUCUCCAUCAACCCCCAUCUCUGACUGUGUGUAAGUGAGACCAGACUCCACAGAAAGUGACCAAGUGUGAGAGAGAGAGAGAGAGCGAGUGUGAGAGAGAGAGAGAGAGACCGAGUG